AUGCCCAGCCGUGCGCAGUCGCCCCCGGGCUCCGGGCCCAUGGAUCUCGCGAUGCCCAGAGCGAGUCGUCGGCGGGAUUCUGUGCGAAGCAGUGUGAGCGUCGUGUCGGAGGUUGAGAUGGCCCGGAAUGAGGUGUUUGACGGCCCCAUUUCAGAGAGCAUCCCGUCAAGUGUCGUCUCAUUUGCUCAUCGCCGCGCCCGAAAGGACUCGACCGUCAGCUUCACUUACUUUCAGGAUGAGGAGGACUUUGCCGAAUGGCCGCCCGAGGAUGCGGUUGACAUGGCCAGUGAAGCCGAGGAUAUGUCCGUGGACGGGUUUGGCGACGCAGACCUCGAGUCGGCCCGGUCUUCGUUUGUGUCCAAGCGGUUAUCGCAGUCCCGGGACUCUGUUGAGCACCCUCUUCUUUCGCGUCAUCUCUCCGCCAGCUCCUACGGCCGCGAUCGAAGAACCGGCGCAAGAUUGAACCAGAAAAUUUACAUCACGUCGGAGGACCUGACCGCUGUUUUUGCUGGUUUCUCCACUAGCGUCACCGGAUUCGCUCUUUAUGUUGCCCUGUGCAUCUUAACGGGGGGUUUGCCUACCUUCUGUUCCAUUGGUUACCGCGAUGGCGCGUUCGUGGAUAAUUUUUCAUCUAACUGGUUUCAGGACCAAUGGAAUCAGUUCACUGUUCAUGAUGUCGGGGCUCAGUCGUAUGGACGUCCGCUCUCGACCGUCUUCGUGGACUCAUUGCGUUACGCCUGGGACGAAGAUAGUGACCCGACCAUGGCAUCUCUUCGCUUCCUCGAUUACAGAUAUCUUCGCUUUUACUAUCAUCCACUUGAGGAUAAAUUCAGCCUGAUAGGUAACUGGAAAGAUCCUGCAUGGACGAACGUAAAAGUCAUGCGAGGAGGCUUGGAUGCCGACGAACGUGACAGCCGAGAGCAGAUCUUUGGACACAAUGUCAUCGACAUUCAGCAAAAGAGUGUUCUACAGCUUCUCGUGGAUGAGGCUUUUCACCCGUUCUACAUCUUCCAAGUCGCAAGUCUGAUUCUAUGGUCGAUGGAUGAAUACUACUACUAUGCCGUCUGUAUCUUCCUCAUCUCUGUUUCUAGCAUUGCGGCUACGGUUCUGGAGACGAGAUCAACGAUGCAACGACUUCGGGAAAUUUCUCAUUUUGAAUGUGAUGUUCGGGUUCUCCGAAAUGGAUUUUGGCGUUCUGUUCCUUCUCAAGAUCUCGUCCCAGGUGAUGUUUUUGAAUUUUCCGAUCCAUCAUUGAAUCAAGUUCCAUGCGAUUGUAUCCUGUUGUCGGGCGAUUGUAUUGUCAACGAAAGCAUGCUCACUGGUGAAUCCGUUCCCGUCUCCAAAACGCCCUUGACAGAUGAUGCGCUGAAAUGCCUUGACCUGAGUACACCCUCCGUUCACCCUCAUGUGGCGAAACAUUUUCUUUUCAGCGGAACCAAAGUCAUUCGAGCACGACGACCUCAGCACGUUGAUGACGACGAGGCAGUUGCUCUUGCAGUCGUUGCUCGGACGGGGUUCCUCACCACGAAGGGUGCUUUGGUACGGUCGAUGCUCUUCCCGAAGCCCUCUGGUUUCAAAUUCUACCGGGAUUCUUUUCGGUAUAUCGCGGUCAUGGCAAUGGUUGCUCUUCUUGGCUUCAUUGCUUCGUUUGUCAAUUUUGUCCGGUUAGGUCUUGCCUGGCAUUUGAUCAUUGUCCGAGCACUCGAUUUGAUCACGAUUGUUGUUCCGCCAGCUCUGCCAGCAACCCUCACCAUUGGAACGAGUUUUGCGUUAUCGCGUCUCAAAAAAAAGAAUAUCUUUUGCAUCAGCCCCCAGAAAGUCAAUGUGGGGGGAAAACUUGAUGUUGUCUGUUUUGACAAAACAGGAACCCUUACUGAAGAUGGGCUGGAUGUACUUGGGGCGAGGACGGUUGUUACCAAACAGAGAUUUUCGGAUUUGCUGUCGGAAACAUCAGCUGGGUUCCUUAUUCCCUCCCAGGACGCUGACACCGCAUACGAUCUUGAUAAACAGAGAAAGAUUGUAUACACCAUGGCCACAUGUCACUCCCUCCGAGUUGUGGAUGAUGAAUUACUCGGCGAUCCUCUCGAUAUCAAGAUGUUUCAAUUUACAGGUUGGUCGUAUGAGGAGGGAGGCGGUCAUGUCUCGGAGCAUACAAACCCCAAAUAUGACACGAUAGCACCGUCCGUGGCAAAGCCACCUUUCCCAGUAUAUCCUAACAGCCACCAGCCGAACAACUCCAAUGAUCCUCUAGAGCUUGGAGUUCUUCGAAACUUCGAGUUUGUUUCCCAGUUGCGCCGUGCAAGCGUGGUUGUCAGGCAUUUCGGAGACAACGGUGUCAAUGUUUUCGUCAAGGGUGCACCGGAGAGUAUUCGGGAGAUAUGUGUGCCCGAAAGCCUCCCGUCCGAUUACGAAGACCUUCUCAACCACUACACUCACAAAGGCUUCCGUGUUAUUGCUUGUGCCACCAAAUAUGAACGGAAACUCAGCUGGAUGAAGAUCCAGAAACUGACUCGGGCUGAGGUCGAAUGCAACCUCGAAUUCGUGGGCUUCAUCAUUUUCGAAAAUAAAUUGAAACCCAGUACCUCCAGCGUGAUCUCUGAGCUGAACAGGGCCGGGAUUCGGAAUAUCAUGUGCACAGGCGACAAUAUCCUGACAGCAAUCAGCGUUGCACGUGAAUGCAACAUGGUGGGCCCAGAUGAACCGUGCUACAUGCCGCAUUUCGUCGAUGGUCGGUUCUUCCAAAAUGCAUCGUAUCCCUCCGUAAUGCUAACCGAAAGUGAAGAUGCUGGCCCUGAUUCCAAGACCUCCCUUUGUUGGGAAAAUGUUGACAAUCCAGACCUCAAAUUGGACGCAAUGACUCUCUUGCCCUUGGACUUUUCUGCAGAGGACUUGUCUGUGCCGGGGAAUGCUUUCCAUGAGCACAAAUAUUGUGUUGCAGUCACUGGAGACGUAUUCCGAUGGGUGAUCGAUUUCGGCAGUGAGGAUGUUCUGAAGAGGAUGCUUGUUUGCGGCAAAGUGUUCGCUAGGAUGUCACCAGAUGAAAAGCACGAGCUGGUGGAAAAACUGCAGUCGAUUGAUUAUUGCUGUGGUUUCUGCGGUGAUGGCGCAAACGAUUGCGGUGCAUUAAAAGCAGCUGAUGUUGGCAUUUCGCUGUCGGACGCCGAGGCAUCUGUCGCUGCGCCCUUCACCAGUCGCCAAUUUGAAAUAUCCUGUGUCCCAACAUUGAUUCGGGAGGGCCGAGCUGCGUUGGUGACAAGCUUCUGCUGCUUCAAGUAUAUGAGUCUUUACUCGGCGAUUCAGUUCUCCACUGUCAGUUUUCUUUAUACCUCGGCGUCCAACCUUGGUGACUUUCAAUUCCUGUUCAUCGACCUCGCCCUCAUUCUUCCACUUGCCAUCUUCAUGGGCUGGACGGGUCCUUAUCCCGCGCUCUCCCGGAAGCGCCCAACUGCAGACCUGGUUUCGCGGAAGGUGUUGACACCAUUGUUGGGACAGAUCUCGAUUGUCAUUCUGUCUCAACUUGCAAUAUUCAAAACCGUCCAAUACCAGCCCUGGUUAGUGGCCUUUCACCAGCCACAUCUUGUGUCAUGGAUUGUUCCUAACACCCUUCGCAGGUUCCAGCCUCCCCGGAUUGACCUGGAGAAAAGUAGCAUUGAAAACUCGGAGAACACCUCACUGUUCUUGUUCUCAUGCUUCCAGUACAUCUUGGCUAGUAUCGUACUUAGUGUGGGGCCGCCAUUCCGGAAGCCAUUGCGAUUGAACACUCCGCUUCUUUGCACCAUCAUUGUGGAUCUUUUGAUUGCCAGCUAUAUGCUCUUCCGUCCAUCACAGUGGGUGUUGGAAGUGAUGCAGCUGACAUUCAUGUCCGACGGCUUCAAAGGGUGGUUGCUUGCCCUUGCGCUUGGCGCCUUCUUCGUGGCUUGGAUAGCGGAGAGAAACAUCUUUCCGUAUUUGGCACGGUUCCUCGGCUACGCCAACACGCGUUUACGGCCAAGCUAUCGUAAGAAGCGUCGUGAGUAUAAAAUUCUUCGCGAGGAGAUGGGCAUGUGA